AUGUCUGAUAGGAAGAGGAAAGCCUCCAGCUUGGAGGAGCCAGUGUGCGUGCUGUGUGGCCGGUCGGAUGUUGACCCGGACAUCGUAGGGUAUCUUUGUCAGAAGAACGGGAUUCGUGUCCAUUCAUUUUGCCUGCUUUUUGCCACCGGCCUUUAUCAAGAAGACAACUUUCUGUUGGGAAUUUUGGGGUUUUCCCUUGCUGCCAUCACACGCAAGGUCAAGCAGGCAACCCAGAAGCAAUGCUUUGUUUGUGGUGAGAGGGGGGCUGCCAUCACGUGUGCAGAGAGUGACUGUGAACGAAGCUUCCAUCUGCCCUGUGCUGUGGAAGGGGAAUGUGUCACCCAGUUCUUUGGGAUGCACAGUUCCUACUGCUGCAAGCACCGGCCUCGACAGGCAGUUCAGGAAGAUCCAGAACAUGACAUCAACUGCCUCAUCUGCCUUGAGCCUGUGGGGGACAGCACAGCCUACCACAGACUGGUGUGCCCAGCAUGUAAACAUGCCUGGUUCCACCGGGACUGCAUCCAGCUACAGGCCUUCACUGUUGGUGCUGUGGGCUUCCAGUGCCCCGUCUGUCGAGACGAAGAUCUAUUCCAUUUGGAAAUGUCCACCAUGGGGAUCCAAAUCCCUGCCAGAGGACAAAAUACGAUGGAAUAUGACCCACCAGUUCUCCAGAGGCACAGCCACUGUGAUGCCAGCGAAUGCCUGUACCAUGGAGGCAGAGAGCAGGCCGAGAGCAGUGGGCCCUGGCAGCUGCUCCUGUGCAGCUCCUGCGCUGCUGAGGGCACCCACCGACAGUGCUCCCACUUGAAUGACACCACAGCCACGUGGGAGUGCAACAGCUGUGCUGCCCUGCGUACCGCCUCCAGUGCCAACACCGAGCUUGCUGGGCCCUGCACUGCCAGCGAGAGGGCUCCGGGACCAUCCAGCAGCUCCAUGGAGCCUGAGACCUUGGGCUCCAUGCCCGCCAGCCAGGCAGCAUUGGGGACGACAUCACAGAGUUCCCAGCUGCCUGAGCACAGCGACCUGCCCAGGGCGGAGGGCAUCAGGGUCCUCCAGGGCGUCCCCGGCAGCUGCUCGCAGAAGACGUCCCAGGCAGCGGGGAAGAAGCCGCACACGAAGCCGCUCCCCGCUGCGAGGUCGGGCCCCGAGUUCCCGGAGCCGGCCAAGAAGACGCCGUGGCAGCCGGCAAACGCCAGCCCCAGGGCAGCGGAGCGGCACCCGGUCAAGGUCUGCCACUUCCAGAUCCCCGAGGGCUUCCAGAGUGCCCGGAUGCAGGGGACCGUCCAGGCAGCGACGGCGCACCCGCACCCGCAGCCCUCCUCCGCAGAGACGUCGGGCUCGAAAUUCCCGCAGCUCACACCAAGGAGGCAGCAGGAGGCGGGCUCAGUGGCGGAGGACAUCGCGGGAAUGAAGCUGCUCCCAGGAACAACUUCAGAGACAAAGUCCCCACACACAGCCCCAAGUCUGCGUAGGAGCAGCCGAGCGCCCGUCAUAGAGUGGGUUGAAAAGACCACAACCAUCAUCUAG